CUGAGCAAAUUUAAUUAGGCAAAGACAGAUCUGAAUAAAGGGAAUUGUUUGAGUUUUCAACAUUUCCCCUAAUUUGAUUUCUGUCGAAUUUUCAUCAUUAGAAUCUACUGGUUAAUGGUCAAAUACAAAAGCUGAAGCCUCAGUCAAAUCAAAGUUGUUAAUUGUUGGCACCUAAAUUCAUUGACUUCCCCAAACUCAAAACACUUUUUUGUUUAUUGUGUAAACUGAGCAAUUGGAACCAAAUCAAGAAUCAACAUCCAAACAUAAGCAGCCAUGUCUUUGGCGAUCUCUCAGCUUUCUUGCUUCUCUCCAAUCAAUCGCAGAUUAGUGGUACAGUUUCACACUCGACCACUGCAUCCAUGUUCUCCUCUUUCCUUCAAGGUAAUUGCUAUGAAUAAUGAUGGGCAUGGCACGGACGAAUCCAAUUUAGAGAGCAGGAAUACUUUAAGUUAUGCAACAGAUUCAUCAAAAUCACUUAAUGGAACUUCAUCAAACUCAUAUUCUGCACCAGAAGAAUAUGUUACUAGGAAAGAAAUGAAUGAGUCGGUGCAAGAAAACUCCAGCAGCCAGCCAAAAAAGGCUGCAAAAAUUCAUGAUUUUUGUUUAGGAAUUCCCUUCGGUGGUCUUGUUUUCACGGGGGGACUUAUUGGUUUUAUUUUCUCAAGAAAUCCAGCCACAUUAAGCAGUGGUGUUCUUUUUGGAGGUGCGUUAUUGGCCCUCAGCACCAUUAGCAUGAAGGUCUGGAGACAGGGGAAAACUAGCUUUCCAUUCAUACUGGGUCAAGCAGUACUUGCUGCGGCCCUUCUGUGGAAAAAUAUGCAGACCUUCUCACUGACGGGAAAAUUGUUCCCUACUGGCUUUUCCGCUGCCAUCAGUGCUGCAAUGUUCUGCUUCUACUCCUAUGUGAUACUGUCUGGGGGUAAUCCACCACCCAAGAAGUUGAAGGCAUCUGCUUCAGUGACAUCUUAGUUGCGCUAAUUCGUAGAAAUAUAUUGAAUAUUCAUCAUACGCGUGGGCGGUUUUACAGUGAGCAAAUCCAUUAAUUUGCGCAAGUUACAUGUUGGCAAAUGAGCAAAGUUUUGAUAAUAUUAUUCUUGGAAUGUGUAAUGAUUUUGCAAAGUUUCAUGGGAGUUUGUUCGUUAGCAACUUGCUGGUGGCACAUUAAAUGUUAUGAUAGAUUGAUUAAUACAAAUUAUCAUGUAUGGAUCAUUUUAAGUACUUAGCAUUAUAGCAUAGAAUAGACGAUGUCUUUGCAAUUUUUUUCUGCCUGUUUCUGUUAUAUAGUUUGUUGUCUUGGAUUUAUCUUUGUUAAUGUACUAAGUUUCUCUA